UUGUGAAGCUGAACACUGAGCGGCUCUUUUAUGGCACGUUGCUGGCUCAGGCUGUUUGGACAAAAGGCUACAGCUGUUCAGGUGCUAUAAAGAGCAGCAGCUGCUCACAGGUAACACACAAAAAACACUAAAUAGCAGCAGCAACAGCAAUCAGCUGAGCAGCAACAUGACUUCCAGCAGCAACAUGAUGAGCAGGAUCGUCUUCUACGAGGAGAGGAACUUCCAGGGUCGUUCCUAUGAGUGCAGCAGCGACUGUGCCGACAUGUCCUCCUACCUGAGCAGGUGUCAGUCCUGCAGGGUGGAGAGAGGCUGUUUCAUGGUCUAUGACCGCACCAACUUCAUGGGUAACCAGUACUUCCUGAGGAGGGGCGAGUACUCCGACUACAUGAGCAUGAUGGGAAUGAGCGACUGCAUCAGGUCCUGCCGCAUGAUCCCCAUGCACCGUGGAUCUUACAGGAUGAGGAUCUAUGAGAAGGAGAACUUCGGAGGCCAGAUGUCCGAGCUGAUGGACGACUGCGAUGACAUCAUGGAGCGUUUCCGCAUGUCCAACUGCAUGUCCUGCAAUGUGAUGGAGGGACACUGGCUGAUGUACGAGCAGACCCAGUUCAGAGGCAAGAUGGUGUACAUGAAGCCUGGAGAGUACAGGAGCUUCAUGAACCUGGGCAUGGGCAGCAUGAGGUUCAUGAGCAUGAAGCGUAUCAUGGACUCUAAUUAUUAG